AUGGCCUCUGGAACUUCGAGACUCGAUCGGCUUGUCACCUUGCUGGACAAGGGAAGCACCCAGCUCAUUCGAAACACGGCUGCGCAACAACUUGCAGACGUCCAAAAACAGAAUCCCGACAAUCUCUUCGCAUUACUCGGCAGAGUUCUUCCCCACUUGCAGUCCAAAUCAUGGGACACUCGCACCGCUGCCGCCAAAGCCAUAGGCGGCAUCAUUUCCAAUGCCGAAAGGUUCGACCCCAACGCUGACGAUGCCGAGACCAGGCCCGAGCCCCUCAAAAUAGAGGAGGUCGCCACCAAGAUUGAAGAAAAGACUCCCGAAGCGGACGACCUUCUCCAGCUCAGUGCUCUUGACAUCAAAUUGAUCCUCAAUCAUGGGAAGAAGCUGUUGGGCAGUGCCGGUAAGGAGUAUGAAUACUCUGUGGCUGGUAUGAGCCCUGCUCAACGACUGGCACACCAGAAGCAGAGUCUCACCGCUCGACUCGGCCUCGGUGGCGAAUACAUGGAGGACGACUUGGUCAACGAGUACGACUUUGCAGCCAGCUCACAAUACAAAGUUGCCACAACUCCGGGCCUCACUCGGGUGGAUACAAAAUCUGGAGUGCAACGACUCGGCAGCGUUGGUCCCAACCCUCCCUACAGUGCCGUGUCCCCUUCCGAAAACAACGGCCAAUCCCUGCCCGAUGAAUCCGGCCUUAGUAAACGGCAGCUGAAUCAAUUGAAAAGGAAAAACAAGUCGGCCGCCAAAGCUGGCGCCAGCAAGAUGCGCGUGGUUGAUCUAUCCGGGCGACGUCAGCCCGAACCAGGCCAGACGCCAGUUUCAGCAACUCCACAUCCGGUCAAGCUCAAUGGCCAUGAAGACUCGAAUGGAGAUGCAAAGCCAGAUUACUUCUCAAUCAAGCAAGAAGGCACCGACGACACCACCGCACUGGUCUCCGAGUUCAAAGGCGAAACUGUUCCGGAAAAGCCGCUCAUCCAACCCGACGAAAAGCAUGCCCAGGACUGGCCUUUUGAUGUCAUGUGCGAUUUCCUGUCCGUGGACCUUUUCGAUCCCAAUUGGGAGAUCCGACACGGAGCAGCUAUGGGCUUGCGAGAAGUUCUCCGUGUGCACGGACAUGGUGCUGGCCGUCGAUAUGGCAAGUCCAGAGCUGAGAAUGACCUUGCAAAUCGCCGCUGGCUUGACGAUCUUGCAUGCCGCUUGCUGUGCGUUUUAAUGCUGGAUCGUUUCGGGGACUUCGUGUCUGACACAGUGGUCGCGCCAAUCCGUGAAUCAAUCGGUCAGACCCUCGGUGCUUUAUUGACUCAAUUACCCGACGACUUGGCCGUAUCUGUCUACAACUGCUUGCAAGAAAUGGUACAUCAACAGAACACUGGUCGGAAGCAACCGAUAUGGGAAGUAUGCCAUGGAGGCAUGAUUGGGUUGCGCUAUUUUGUUGCUGUCCGCAAAGAUCUUCUCCUUCAUCACAUCAACCUUCUUGACGGUGUUGUCGCAGCCGUCAUGCACGGACUUGCGCAUCCUGAUGACGACGUCAAGUCAGUGAGCGCAGCAACCUUGGUACCUAUCGCUGGGGAAUUGACAACUAUGCGCCCUGAUGCUCUCGGUCAACUUAUUAGCGUAGUGUGGGACUGCCUUCUUGAUAUGCAAGACGAUCUAAGCGCCAGUACCGGUGCGGUCAUGGAUCUUCUUGCAACUCUCUGCUCGCACCAUGAGAUCUUAGAAGCAAUGCGCAUUAACGCCGCCGAGGACCCAGAUCAGUCUUUCGAGAAGCUCGUUCCCCGCCUGUACCCUUUCCUACGACAUACGAUUACCAGCGUUCGGAUGGCGGUGUUGAAGGCGUUGGUUACAUUCUUGAAUCUCUCGAACGUGAGCAACAUGGAAUGGGUGGGUGGCCGCGUGACCCGCUUGAUCUUCCAAAAUAUGCUCCUCGAGCGGAACGAAGGCGUCUUAUGGAUGUCCCUAGAGGUUUGGCAAGCACUCAUUUCUUUCAUGGAACGCCAAGGGUUUUCCGCCUUUGUUGCUGAACUGGAGCCGCAUAUCUCACCGAUGAUAGGGGCCGCUGUUCAGCCUAUCGGUCAGGCAAGAAGCCCCAUUCCCAUGGACACGCUUCUUCUCAUCAGACCGUCGGGGGCUCCGAUGGUACCUGCUUCGACGAAGCAUCGACAUACUCCUGAAUCCGACCAGCAACCCAAGAAACGGCGAAAGGUUGAGAAGCCCGAUUCAAAUCAGCGCGUCUCUCACAAUACCGAUGGACACAUGUUGCACGGUGAGGUAGAUCUCGUCGGAUUGGAGGUCAUGCUCCGAACCAGAAUCGUCUGCUCACUGGCACUGGGUCUUCUGCUAAGCAAACAAAGUGAAUCUUCGAUUGACUCAUAUUGGACUCACCUGCUCCCCUCUGUCAGUUCUCAUCAUUCAAGUUCAAGGCUGUUUACAGCAAUGAUUCUGGAAGAGCUCGCAAAGAACCAAUCCAAGAAACCAGCAAAUACACCGGGGAUUGUUUCGCAGUUGCAGCAGGUCCUUGAUGAUGAAGGCAACAACUGGUAUGCAGACAUAGUGCCUUCGCUGCAAGCUGCUCGAGGACAGUGCCAGUCCUUGAUCAGCGCCUUCCAGAAUCAAGCGCAUGUCUCUCGAGACAAGUUGCCGGCGAUAGCAGUUGUCUGCCAAGGCGAAAGUGGCGCCGGCCCUAAAGCCUUCUCUCUCGCGGACGCCGAGAGGAUCGUGACAACGGACUUUGAUCGUCUUCUCAAAAGCCUUACACCAGCGCAGCGUGUUUCGGGAACACAAUAUCUAAACGAUGCCCGCAGGAACGCUAAGACUGCGGUGGACGAAGCCAAGAAGAUCAAAGAAAGCCGAGACAUCGCGAUAAAGGCCACGAUUGCCUCGGUGCUGGUUCGACUAAAGGAAAUUCCGAAGAAACCUGGUCAGUUGAUAAAAUGCAUCAUGGACAGCAUCAAAUCAGAAGAAUUUGAAGAACUGCAAGCUCGAUCUGCAUCAGGCGUUGCAGGGCUCAUUGACUUCUACACCACGAGUCCGAAACGUGGCCCAGUGGACAAGUUAGUCUCCAAUCUAGUCAAAUUUACCUGCGUGGAUACCUCGGAGACUCCAGAGUUCGGCCCCAACGCCGCGUUUGAAGACAUUGUCCUGUCGUUGCGAAAGGAAGAAGAUAGAAAGGACCAUCCAGAUGCUGCCCGUUUCGAACAAGAGGCAAAGGAGGCCAGGAUCAUGCGCCGGGGAGCCAAGCGUGCUCUUGAUGAGUUGGCGCAAUCAUAUCGUGCUCGGCUCCUUGAGAGACUACCUGUGCUGAGAUCACUUAUCGAAAGUCCGAUCCGCGAGCUGAUCGAGUCGUCUGAUCCAGCCACUCUACAGGUCAACGAAGAACAAGGUCAAUCACUAGUUGAUGCUAUGUCAGCUUUGCGUACACUGUCUCCUACCCUCGACGCCGGUCUCCACACUUGGGUCUUGUCGUUGAGCCCGCUUAUUGGAAAAGCGAUGAGAAGCAGGCUCUCUGUCAUAAGAUACAGCGCUGCUAAGUGCUUUGCAACGGUCUGCAGUGUCAUACCCGUUGAGGGAAUGACAAGGCUCGUGCAGGAUGUCUUGCCUAACAUCAGCAAUCCUCUUGACUUGAGGGAUAGACAAGGGAUUACCGAGUGCGUUUAUCACCUCAUCCAGGCCAUGGGCGACAGGAUUCUGCCAUAUGUGAUCUUCUUGAUUGUACCUGUAUUAGGUCGAAUGAGCGAUGCCAACAACGACAUUCGUCUCCUCGCCACUACAUCCUUUGCCACGCUGGUGAAACUGGUGCCUUUGGAAGCGGGCAUCCCCGAUCCGCCAGGAAUGCCGGAGUCAUUGCUCCAGGGGCGUGAACGAGAGCGUAAAUUCAUGGCGCAAAUGCUUGAUCCGAAAAAGGUCGAGCCUUUCCAGAUCCCUGUGGCGAUCAAAGCGGAACUACGACCUUACCAGCAAGACGGCGUGAACUGGUUAGCGUUCCUCAACAAGUACAACCUUCACGGCGUUCUGUGCGACGACAUGGGUCUGGGUAAGACUCUUCAGACCCUUUGCAUCGUGGCGAGCGAUCAUCACAUGCGGGCCGAGGAGUAUGCCAGAACUCAAGCUCCCGAGAUGAGGCGGUUGCCAUCUCUUAUUGUCUGUCCACCAACGCUCUCGGGCCAUUGGCAGCAGGAGAUCAAGCAAUACGCACCAUUUUUGACUUGCGUGGCGUAUGUCGGACCACCGGCGGAGCGCAACGGUCGACGUCCUUUACUCGAAAAAGCAGACGUUGUCAUAACCUCCUACGAUGUGUGCAGAAAUGACAACGAUAUUCUCACACCCAUCACUUGGAAUUACUGUGUAUUGGAUGAAGGCCACCUAAUCAAAAACCCAAAGGCGAAGAUCACUCAGGCUGUGAAAAAGCUCGUCAGCAACCACAGACUCAUACUUUCUGGCACGCCGAUUCAGAACAAUGUCCUGGAGCUCUGGUCCCUUUUCGACUUCCUCAUGCCGGGCUUCCUUGGCACAGAGAAGGUCUUCCAGGAUCGAUUUGCAAAGCCCAUUGCAGCCAGCCGCAAUGCGAAGUCAUCUUCCAAGGAACAAGAGGCUGGAGCUUUGGCGAUUGAGGCCCUUCACAAGCAGGUCCUACCAUUCUUGUUGCGGCGUUUGAAAGAGGAAGUCCUCAAUGACCUACCGCCCAAGAUUCUGCAGAACUACUACUGUGAUCUGAGUGAUCUGCAGAAGCGUCUCUUUGAAGAUUUCUUCAAAAAGGAGCGCAAGACAGUGGAGAACAGCAUCGGGUCGGCGGAUAAAGAGGCCAAACAACACAUCUUCCAAGCCCUGCAGUACAUGCGAAAACUCUGCAACUCCCCGGCGCUUGUCGUCAAGGAGGGAAACAAGCAAUACGAUGCGAUCCAGAAACAGCUCGCAGCAUCCAAAUCCAGUUUGCGCGAUAUCGCUCAUGCACCAAAACUGGGCGCCUUACGCGACUUGCUGAUUGAUUGUGGCAUCGGCGUAACCAAUGACUCAAAUGACAUAUCAGCUGCCAAUUAUGUGUCUCAACAUCGAGCAUUGAUCUUCUGCCAGAUGAAGGAAAUGCUUGACAUGGUACAAACUGAAGUUUUGGGCAAGCUUCUUCCGAGCGUGCAGUUCUUGCGACUCGAUGGGAGCGUGGAAGCCACCAAGCGUCAAAACAUUGUCAACCAGUUCAACAACGACCCCAGUUAUGAUUGCCUUUUACUGACGACCAGUGUGGGUGGUCUUGGGUUGAACCUUACGGGUGCCGACACCGUGAUCUUCGUGGAACAUGAUUGGAAUCCUCAGAAGGACAUUCAGGCGAUGGAUCGAGCCCACCGUAUCGGCCAGAAGAAGGUGGUCAACGUUUAUCGCCUUAUUACCCGCGGUACACUGGAAGAAAAAAUCCUGAGCCUUCAACGAUUCAAGAUCGACGUCGCAUCGACUGUUGUCAACCAACAGAACGCAGGCUUAGGGAGCAUGGAAACGGAUCAGAUUCUGGACCUGUUCAAUCUCGGGGAGGGAGCGGAAGGUGGUGGUGAGCCGGGCGGUGCAAAGGACGAGGACAUGGUCGAUCUCGAGACCGGUGAGGUCAAGAAGAAAGGGGAAAAGGGGUGGCUUGACGAUGUCGGUGAACUCUGGGACGAGAGGCAGUACGAAGAGGAAUUCAAUCUCGACUCGUUCGUGCAGAACUUGCAAAAAUAG